GUUUGUUCCGUAGCCAGGCAGACACUUCCUUAGCUAUCCAAUCAUAAAAAAAGCGAAAGGGGAUUUUUGCGGUAGUCACUAGAGUGAGUAAGAAUCUCUGGAAGCCCCUCCCUGCGAAGACUAGUUUCCGUAGUGACCAGCUGAUGUCAUGGCGGAGGAUGGCCCCCGGUUGGUGACCUCGAAAAGGGUUGUGCUUACGUCAGAAGAGGAGGAGGAGACAGAACCCAACACACUGCUGCAAAAACUGAAGAGCAAUAUCUCGAAGAAUAUACAGACUAAAGUGGAUUCGAUUCUGCAAGACGUGCAGCGCUUCUCUGAUAAUGACAAGCUGUUCCUGUACCUGCAACUGCCAUCUGGUCCCAGCGCAGGAGAUAAGAGCAGUGAUCUGAGCGCCUUCAACAAUGCAGACCAGCUCCACGCUUGCAGCUGGAUCCGGAGCCACUUGGAGGAGCACACAGACACCUGCCUGCCCAAACAGGACGUGUACGAGUCCUACAAGAGAUACUGUGAUAACCUGCAGUACCGGGCUCUCAGUGCUGCUAACUUCGGGAAGAUCAUCCGGGACGUGUUCCCCAAUAUCAAAGCCAGGAGGCUGGGAGGAAGAGGACAGUCCAAGUAUUGCUACAGCGGGAUCCGGAGGAAGACAGUGCUGAACAUGCCUCUGCUUCCCAGUCUGGACCUCAAGAACGACCCAUCGGAGCUGACGGAGCUGGUGCAGACCUACAACAGCGAGGUGACGGAGGCGGCCUGCUCUCUGAUCUGCGACUGGGCUGAGCGCAUCCUGAAGCGCUCCUUCGACACGGUGGUGGAGAUCGCUCGCUUCCUGAUCCAGGAGCACAUUGUCAACCCUCGCUCCAGCACCGCACACAUCAUCAUGUCUGCCUCUCUCGCUGGAGGUCCCGCCAAACCCCACAAGAUCAUGAAGAAGACCCUGCAGCCCCCCCCAGGCUCUGGAGCCAAAGGAGAGGAGAGCAGCCCUGCAGCACAGAGAGAGAAGGAGAGUGGGGAGAGGUCCACAGCAGGCAAGCAGCUGCCCUCCGAGAAGGCCCCAAAGUCCUCGGACAGCCCCAGGGCCGGGGGCCGCGACUCGCAGGUGGAGGCUGUGAUGAAGCGCUACCCCCAGCUCCUCCCACGCGGACCGGUCCUGCAGGAGACAUGCUGCCUCCGCACCUCCCCUCCGACCAUCACCAUGGCCGCCGCCCCACUCACCCAACAGCAGGGGGCUUUGCCCGUCUUCAACAUGAUCCUGCCCCCCCUCAGCUACCCUGCCCCCGCUGCCCCGAGCAAGGAGAGAGCCAGCAUCUUCAGAAGUCGGGGGGCUCCCAAACGGCCCGCUGAGCCCCCCAGUGGGGACACCCCUAAGAGGAAGAGGGGCCGUCCCCGGAAAGCCAGACCGGAAGACGUGGAGCCGCCCCCUAGAGGAGUCAUCCAAAGAGCCGCACCGGGGGGGCAGGCGAGUGAGGCCAUUGAGGCUGUGAUCAAGCACGAACCCUCUGCGGAUCUCGCCUCCCUCAAAAGCCAGCCUCCCCCGAGCCUUGCCUCCCCUGAAACCCAGCCUCCCCCGAGCCAAGCCUCCCCUGAAACCCAGCCUCCCCCGAGCCGAGCCUCCCCCGAAACCCAGCCUCCCCCGAGCCGAGCCUCCCCCGAAACCCAGCCUCUCCCUAGUCUAGCCUCCCCCGAAACCCAGCCUCUCCCUAGCCUUGCCUCCCCUGAAACCCAGCCUCUCCCGAGCCGAGCCUCCCCCGAAACCCAGCCUCCCCCGAGCCUCGCCUCCCCCGAAACCCAGCCUCUCCCUAGUCUCGCCUCCCCCGAAACCCAGCCUCUCCCUAGCCUCGCCUCCCCUGAAACCCAGCCUCUCCCAAGCCGAGCCUCCCCCGAAACCCAGCCUCUCCCGAGCCGAGCGUCCCCCAAAACCCAGCCUCUCCCGAGCCGAGCCUCCCUCGAAAUCCUGCCUUCCCCAAGCCUCACCGCCCUGGGGAUGCCCAGAGAGGCGCCACGCGGGAAUCCUGCUGACCAGGCCUGCCAGAGCUGGGAGGAGGGCCGGGGGCUGGUGGAGGUGAUCCGGAGGGCCCCUGCUUAUGCCCCGCAAGUCGCAGGCCCCGGGCCGGAGGUGGGAGAGGCUGUGAAAUCCACAGAGAAGCCAGCCGACAUAUCUCCAUCCUCCAGCAGAGCGGAGUCCCAGCCAGCCAGCCAGAGCCCCAGGCAGAGCGGGACUGGAGAGCGGGGUUCAGAACCCCAGAGCCCUGCCUCGCACCCUGACCCACCCCCAUCCUCCCAGACCCCCAAUCAGGGCUGAGCUGAGCAGCCAGUGCCCAGGGGAGGGGCCGCACUGGACCCCCACUGCUUAACCCUCAAACCAGCUUUAGAAACUAACGCUAGUCCUGCACUCAGUCAUGGCUUUCAGAACUACCCCCGGUUAAGCACACCAGGAAUGGAAAUGACUCCUAUUGUCACCCAUUCCAGGUUUUACUCCCAGCUUGAUAACCCACAGUGUGUCUAGGUGGGUAAUUACAUUAGCAGUCAAACCAGGAAUAGGUGAAACUGCUAUGCAAUGGGAGUCCAUCCCUGUAUACUACUGAAGUGAUGAGUCAGGAAUUGGCUGAUGUUAAACAGUUAUUUUUCCAUCCCUACAGCUGCAUGAACAGCCUCUGAUAGUAACCCAGCAGACUCGCAUGCAUUGUAUUCAUUCUGUGAGGAGAAGUGUGACCAGGUCAUCCAGAGCCGAUUGACCAGAGGCCUGAUUGUUCAGACUCCUGGCACCUGGUCAUGUCAGUAUUGUACCUAAUCAAGGGGAGUUCUGAACCCCAGGACUGGGUGCAGGGCUGGUGUGUUUUUAACCCUGCUCAAACCAUCUGUUCAGGAGUCUACAGAUGCUGGAGUGACAGAGCCACUCACAAUGAUUGCAAACAGCAUUGUAAAGGAAAAGUGACAAAUUGAAAUGCCAUUUGAAAGUAGUUACUCUUCAAUGCAAAUGUCACAGUCUGUGUGCUGUCAGGGUGUAUGGUGAUCAGAUCAGCACCAGAGUCUUAGGGUUAGGGUUAGGGUCAGUCUCUUUUGUACAAAUACUGGAUCCUCUAAAGGUUUGGAGGGAACGCAAUCAAUCAAAAUAAAAUGUUACAUUUGACUUGUGUGUUUGAGACAUGUUUUACUGAACGCGGCUUCAUGAACUUCAGACCCCUGGACUGCUUUCCUUGCUGCAGCUACACAAACACAGUUUCAUGUUUUUAAUGUUUUGCUUCUUUCAGUGUAAGCUGAGUGCUAUAGCGGUGCACACUUUGUAAUACUCAAAAGACAAGAAAAAUAGACAGUGCUAUUUAUCUACAAAUACUAAAAGGAACUUUCAGUGAACUUUCGACUGGAAGUCUUUCUCAGUGAGAUUAGAUUCGCAGCUCUGCAAGGUUAGGGUACCGUGUGAGGUAAUCAGGGCACACCCACUCCUCUUAAUGGGACCAUUAAGAGACUGUGAUCACAUGGCAGGGGAGUGGUACCAGCAUGGGAUUCGAAACCCACCCCAGCAUUCAACAGACGUCGUGUCAUUGAGCUUACUGGCUUUCUUUUGGCAUUUUUAAAUGUCGUUCAAUUGAGAGUUUAAUAGUUAUGGAUGACAUUAUCUGGUUUGAACAAUCAUGUCAAACUUGAUCAAGAUGUUUUUAUUCUGGUCGACAGAGGGAGUUGUUUCCCCACAAUGACAACAAAUCUAACCAAAAAGUACCAAUAAUAGCAUUAAUAUUGUUUUUACCAGGAGUAGUGAAACAGGUAAGUGCAUCGUCAUACCUGCACUUGGGGAUUGCUGAGUGGACACUGGUGUAAGGCCAAACUACAGCUCUGGCCAAAAGCUUAGCAUCAUCUUGAACUGUAGGAUUGAGCAUAUAUGAACUAUAUGAACCUAAUGUAGAUCUUUUAUUUAACAUCAUGUAAUCAAAGAAACUACAAAAUGAUAUUGCAAAAGUCUAGCAGAAGCCAUAAUAGUAGUACAGUAUUUCAUGUUAGAUUUUGAAAAUAUCACAUUUUCUAUUUUAUUUUUUCAGUUUUUUGUUAAGUAUAUGGAAAAGCACAAAGCGGUAUGUAAUUCGUAACAUUGGUCAGCAGGGUUCAUUCCACUUUUUAUAAAGCAUAAUGAGUUGAUUCUGUUGGGCGAGGCCAGAGCUGUACUGCUAAUAGAGUUUCCUGCUGGAUUCCACACUGUGAAUGCAGCAUUGGAGGUGCCAUACUAAUGAAUCACUACGUUUGGUUUGCCAUGGCUGUGACCAGGAGGAUUAGUGGCACAGCGAUGGCACAGCAUACCAGGAGUAAUGUAUGUAAGAUGCUUGCAUGAUCUUAACUGUAGUACAGGAGAUAGCAUUCUUUUUCUUAAACGUGUUGAGGUCUGCGCAUUGAGCUCAGGAGCUGCUCCUCAGUUCUAGCCUGGCGCAUUGAGCUCAGGAGCUGCUCCUCAGUUCUACCCUGGCGCAUUGAGCUCAGGAGCUGCUCUUCAGUUCUACCCUGGCGCAUUGAGCUCAGGAGCUGCUCCUCAGUUCUAGCCUGGUGCAUUGAGCUCAGGAGCUGCUCCUCAGUUCUAGCAUUGGCACACUGAGCUCAGGAGCUGCUCCUCAGUUCUAGCCUGGCACACUGAGCUAAGGAGCUGCUCAGUUCUAGCCUGGUGCAUUGAGCUCAGGAGCUGCUCUUCAGUUCUAGCCUGGCGCAUUGCGCUCAGGAGCUGCUCCUCAGUUCUAGCAUUGGCACACUGAGCUCAGGAGCUGCUCCUCAGUUCUAGCCUGGCACACUGAGCUAAGGAGCUGCUCAGUUCUAGCCUGGUGCAUUGAGCUCAGGAGCUGCUCUUCAGUUCUAGCCUGGCGCAUUGCGCUCAGGAGCUGCUCCUCAGUUCUAGCCUGGCACAUUGAGCUCAGGAGCUGCUCUUCAGUUCUAGCCUGGCACAUUGAGCUCAGGAGCUGCUCCUCAGUUCUAGCCUGGCACAUUGAGCUCAGGAGCUGCUCUUCAGUUCUAGCCUGGCGCAUUGAGCUCAGCUGCUCUUCAGUUCUAACCUGGCACAUUGAGCUCAGGAGCUGCUCUUCAGUUCUAGCCUGGCACAUUGAGCUCAGGAGCUGCUCCUCAGUUCUAGCCUGGCACAUUGAGCUCAGGAGCUGCUCUUCAGUUCUAGCCUGGUGCAUUGAGCUCAGGAGCUGCUCUUCAGUUCUAGCCUGGCACAUUGAGCUCAGGAGCUGCUCCUCAGUUCUAGCCUGGUGCAUUGAGCUCAGGAGCUGCUCUUCAGUUCUACCCUGGCACAUUGAGCUCAGGAGCUGCUCUUCAGUUCUAGCCUGGCACAGACACAGACAGUGUCUUUAUAUUAGUAAGCGCCAUCUAGUGCACAGCUCGUGUAUUGCCAGCCAUACACAAAAGGAUCACUAGGUGGCGCUGGCUCAUCAGUAAAGACACUUUGAUCUAGCCUGUGUUGCAUGUCUAUGUCAGGGAACACACUGUAUAACAGAGUCCCCGAAACACAUCAUCUGAGUAACUGUAAGUAUAAGAACCACUCUGAACGACUGCAACCAGCAUGAAAAACAGAAGAGUAAAAAACAAUGCAAUCUGAAUCGACUUAAAAGUAAUCGCUACAGAUUUAUAAUGAAUUUAAAUAAAAUAUUAAAAAAAAAAAAAAAGAUUCCACUGGCAUGUCUAUAAAUCUUCUGUUGCCAUAAUGUGAAUGCAGUACCAAACGGUGCUUUGUAUUUAAAAAAUAUAUAUGAAACAUUAAAUUAUUAUACAAUUAUUAUUAUUAUUAUUAUUAUUAUUAUUAUUAUUAUUAUUAUUAUUAUUAUUAUUAUUAUUAUUUGAUCAUACUUUUUGCGAAGAUGAAUAAAACUUACUGUGAUAAUCCCACUCUUCUGGGUUAGGGUUCUUUUGUAAUGAACCUGUUCUACCUGAACGGACUGGAAUAUGAUCUGUCCUUGUGGGUGAACUAUUCUGAGCAGACUAGCAGAAUACAGGGCUGGAGCCAUGUAGCCGGCCUGUGAAACCAGUACAGAACACAAAGGACUCACACUCGCACUGAGGGGUUGCUUCCAUCACCCUGAACUCAGAAGCAACGCCUCGGACUUUCAGUGCGUUUUUUCCCAUCAAACCACAGCUCGCUAAUAAUAAGUGUUUGGUGAAAUUCAGGGGGGCUCUCAGCAGUGCUGAAAAAUGCUCUAAAAAUCCAGCUGUGGCUGAUCAGGGUGUAGACUGAUCAAAUCAAACCCCUGUGCUCCAACAGCCUCGGGAAAGCAUGGCUAAAUUCAUCAAGUUUGCACAGUGAAUGUACUGCCACAUGUACUGGUAAUCCUGUCGUGUGUUACUCGAAACGGAAACAGUGGCAUAUGUAGUAAUACUGCAAUACAGGUAUAUUACCAUUCUGUGAUAAGCGAGUAGAAGUCAAUAUACCUUAAACUGACCCAGCCCUGGAUUAAAUCAAAAUCAUGGCAGUGCCUUAACCAUGGCUAUAGCGCCGCCAUAACCACUGAUUUAAUACACUCCUCGGAAACUAAAACAAGACAGAGCUUUCUCCUGGUUUAAAAAAAACACAAAAACAUGACUGACUCGUUUUCUGAAUUGCAUUGUCUUUUGAUUUAGCUUUUUGUUGUAAGUAAAGUGUCUUGCACCUUUUUCUAACAGUUUUUUUUUAAUGCUUGUAAAAAAAUCUGAUGUUCUACCUUCUGCACUAGUAUUUGUGUGAUGUACUAACCUAUGUACUAAUAGUCAUGUGAUCUACUAAGUUAAAUAUUUUUGUUUUUUUUACGUUGCAUUGUUACCAAAACAUAUUUUUUUCAAAUAAAGGAUUGUGACUGUUUUCA